AUGAGCGACAUUGAAAGUACAUCUGAUCCCAGCUUGGAGUCGAAUGGUCGUUUCUCGGCGGUUGUAACUCCGGAGAGUUCAGACACUCCUCCACCUGAUCUGAGUCGGCUUCGACCGACCAGAGUGUUGGCUCGUCGAGAAUAUGCCGAAGACGGAGAUGAACAGCCCUUUGAUCUGGUGGACGGAGAUCUUUGCCGAUGGGAGGAAGACGACAUUAGUAGGUGUUUCAAUUUUGCUUGAUGACUUUAGAAAAUGCAACAAGGAACGCUUUUGGUCUGCAGAUUGAAUUAUUUAUGCAUAUAGAACCCUUCUGUAAAAGCAUUCUAUUUCCAAUCUCCUUUCAGAACUAAGAUACGCCGCAGAAAAUGCCCGAUUACCCUAUGAUUGCAUGAGUGAUGUCGAGGUGGAGCUGUUCCCAGAGCAAUGCGUUGAUAAUGCGACUAAGAACGUUUACGUUUUCCUCCGAAAUUUCAUUGUAAGUUUGUUUUAAUAAUUUUUGAUACCUAAUUUAGUUGAACCAAUGGGAUCUGAAUCCUCGAAUUGAACUGAGCCUUGCUUCGGUGUACGAAGAAAUCCCGGUUGCUUAUAAAAGUUUGUACAGCGUGGUACCGAAAAUCCACGCGUUUUUGCAAAGAUAUGGCUAUAUUAACCAUGGCUCCUUCUUGAGAGAAGGCGACAUCAGCAAGAGUAAGAGUGAUUUUUUUUUGAUUAUUGUUUUUAGUUCCCCAACAGAAAUCGAAGCAUCGAGUAGUCGUGGUUGGUGCCGGAAUCGCCGGUCUCGUUUGUGCCCGCCAACUUCAAUUCUUCGGAUUUAAUGUUGUUGUUGUGGAAGCUAGAGGUCGAAUUGGAGGCCGGGCCUUUACUCAUGAGGUUGGAAAAGGUCUGGAGUUGGGUGCAGAUAUCAUUGAAGGCUCGAGUAUGUUGUUCUGUCCAUGUUUUGAUCAAUUUUUAUGUUAUACUAGACCAUUAAAACAAGAAUUGAUCUAAAGCAAUGCCAUGUUUUUAGCUGGUAAUCCAAUCCUCACAGUGAUGGGCCAAGAAGGCUUGACGAGAAUUCCAGUCCAAUCCGGCUGUUUAAUUUAUGAUCAAGAGGGCGAUCUUCUCCCAGAAGCUUAUCUAAAACCCGUUCAGCAGCUCUUCCGGACGGUCUGCGAAUCUGUAUAUAGUCUCACAAAGUUGCCAGUCGAGCAACUUAGUCGCAAACUUUCUAAUGAAAGUUUGGAAAGUAAGUAUUUUGUUUUUAUGGAUUAUUUAAUUUUAGGUAAAAAUGGUUCGGAAAAGUCGGAGAAUGGUACUGGAAAUGGGACCCAUGAGGUAAAAGAGACACCGAACGAUAAAUUGCUAAAGUUGAAGAGCUUCAGUGUUCAAGAAGUGGUGGAAAUGAUGCUAGAGUAACUGGAUUUCUGUUGCUUUUUUUACUUUUCUUUAGAAUUCAAGAGAUGGAUGCGUGUGAUAAAAGAUUUGAGUGUUCCAAGAGCUUGAAGUAUCUCUCAGAUUUCCUGGAACAAAUCACUAAAGAGGUAAGGAUAUUUUUAAAUAAUUUAUGACAUUAAAUUAUAUUAUCCAUGACAUCAAAUUAAUUAAAACUUUAGAUGAUUAUGAUCAGCAAAUUCAUUGAUGACGCGGGAAAGAAGUUGGUCGAGUUGGAUGACGAGAAUAUCGAGCCGGAUCAUGAGGAUUUGGACAAGAUUGAGGACAAGGAAAAGCUCGAUAAAGUUUUGGAGAUCAGAUGUCUUUCCAAUGAUCUGGAGAUGGCUAAGGAACGCCUGGAGGAUCUGAUUGCACAGUAUACGGAUGUGGAGAGUGUCUCCAAGAACUUGAAAGCAUCCGCUCCAGCGUAAGUCGAGGAUUUUUCAGAUAAAAAGAUUUUUGCCAUGGAUAAGCGGAAAAGUUGCGAUUUUUGUGCAAAAUACAGAGAUUUGUGAUUACAGGUCAAACUUUAUGGGCAAAAACGACCGAGACUUGUUCGAAUUCUACUUGGCCAACCUUGAAAAGCGACUUGGAGCCCCGUUGGAAAAGAUUUCCGCCUUUGAAUGGGCUGGAGGAAUCGGGAAAAACCUCAAGGGAGAGUGCUACAUGGGUAAGAAAUACUUUAUUUUGGGCAUAGAAAGUUAAAUCAUUUAGUGAUAAUGAUUUAAAAAGGGUUUAUACGGGUUUUUCUACUAAUCUUUUUUGUAAUCUUUAGUUGAUGAAGGGAUGGUUCGAAUUGCGACCGCUCUUUCGUACAAUCUCAACAUCCAAAAGCUCUGUUCCGUAUAUGAAAUUGAGGAAAUCGAGAAUCAACUUGGCUCAGAAAUGGAGAUUCGGUAUCAAAAAACGGUUAAAUCCUCGCAUCAUGAAGAUGUGGCCCAACAAUCUGAUGAUAGUGACAUUGAAAUCAUCAACGAAGAAGAGGAAAACUUUGAGGAGGAAGACAGCACCCUCAGGGCUGAUAUUUGCGUCUGUGCCGUCCCGAUCGGCAUUUUGAAAGUAGGAUUUUUGGAAUUUUAGAUCCAGCUGUCAUGGUGAAUAUAAUUUUUGUUUUUUAGGAGAAAUUAAUUGAAAUUUCUAAUGGAUCAACUCCAAAAUCGUCGAAAAAUACCAAUUCAAAGUCUCCGUCUGUCGAUAAGUCGGAUAAAUCGAAUGAAAAACGAGAUGAAACCCCUGGAUCCGACGCCUCCUCAAAGCUAGAAACGAAGCCAGAUCGAAUCAAGUUCAUUCCGGAAUUGCCCGACGAGUUCAAAGAGGCCAUUGAGAGAGUUGGUAAGAAGCUACACCUGAUUUUCUUUAUUAUUUUAGGCUUUGGAACGGUAAACAAGGUGAUUCUGCAGUUCUCGACCCGGUUUUGGCCUGAAAAUAUGUUCAUGGGACGACUGGGGGACCCGGGAAAGUCUAGAGGAGAGAUGGUUCUGUUCCUCUCCAAGCCCAGAUCCACAUCUUUAUACGCUUAUCUGAGUGGGGAGUCGGCUUAUUUGAUGAAUUAUUUCGAUGGAGAACUGCUGGCUCAGAGGUGUAUGACAAUAUUGAAUACAAUGUUUGGAACCGAAGUCCCACCUAAGGUAAUGAAAGCUUGCUGUUUUUUUGGAAUGUGAGAUUUGAAAGUUUGAAUUCCCGCCAAUCUUGGCACUGUGUUUUAACGGUGUCUAAAUUGCUAUUUAUGGUUUAAUUGAGAAAAAGUAAACAAAGUAAAGGUCAAAGGAGAUCAAUAAUGAUAUUAAAUGUUAUUUAGAACUUGUUUUGAGAAAUUUGGAACCUUAUUUUACCUAUUUGCAGCCGAUCAAAGCGAUAAUUACGGAAUGGCAGAACGACGCCUUUUCCCAAGGCUCCAUUCCCUACAUAAAGCCGGGCAAUUCGGCCUCGGACUAUGACCUCCUGGCCCGGCCAACCUCUCUCCUCCCCAACACUAGUAACAAGUUGUAUUUCACGGGAGAUUGGACUACAUCAAGGUACCCGGGAACCCUUCAUGGAGCAUAUUUGGCCGGAUUAAAUUGUGCCAGACAGAUUGCGGACGCUUAUUUGGGACCGGUCAAUGAUAGGAAGGUGAUGGAUGAGUUGAUUAAAGAGGGAAAGAGGUUGCUGAACAUCCAUGAAGAAAAGUUGAGGAGUCGGAGGGAUAACGGUAAGUGAUUUCGAGUGAAGUACGAAAAUUUUUGUUGGGUAUUUGAUUGAAUUUGGUUGUAAAUGGAGAUACGGUAUUAGGUUUUGUAAAGUGAUGUUUUUUGGACCUUCUUUACUGCUGAAGUGAUAAAAAAAAUGAAGAAUUCAUUGAAAAUACGAUUUUUGGGCGUAAUUUUGCUGGAAGUCGAGUGUAAUACGUGAAUCGUGAGAUGUAGACAUUGAUCAUAGCUCAUGUUUUAAGCCCCGAGGAAGUUACGGCACUUGUGUGGUCUUUGUGUACUUGAUUUCCCCAAAAAUGGAGAAGAAAGUGAAUCUUACAGUUUUUGAUGAAUUACUUUUUUACAAGUGUGAUUUUUAACAGUCAGUGUUGAUAUUAUUGAAGGUUACACUGUUCCCAGUCGGCUUUAAAGAUUUUUUAAUGGGAUUAUUUUUUGUUAUUUUAGGUUCUCCCGUCCCUUCGGACUAA